AUGGCCAUCGCAUACACCAGCACCAUCGCCUCCGACCUCUUCCCCAACGGAGGAUGGGACGUCCACCACCACAUCUUCGACCCAACAAAAUUCACCUACGCCCCCGACCGCCACCUAACCCCACCCCCCGCAACAAUCCCCCAAUUCCUCGCCUUCAAGACCCGCCUAGGAAUCACAAACUCUGUCCUAACCCACGGCCUCUCCUACGGCGCAGACUGUACCUCUUUGAAGUCCUUCGUCGCAGAACUCAACACCACCGCACCGGCCACCAAGGGCGUGGGCGUGAUCGAUCCCUCCACUGUAACGGGUGAUGAGUUAACUGCUAUGCAUGCCGCAGGGGUGCGCGGUAUACGUGUGAAUCUGUACAAGUACCAGGCGAUGCAUGAAGCGGAUAUGCAGAAUACUGCAUUACGGGAACAUGCACGCGCUAUUCGAGGCCAUGCUGAUGCGAGGCGAUGGAGUCUGGCGUUUACGCAUACGCAUCCUGAGUUCUGGGGCGAACUCGGCCCUAUCGUGAAAGAGGUGUUGGUACCAGCGGGGAUUGCGCUGGUGACUGAUCAUUUCGCGUUGCUUAAGGGGGGUAGCAUGCUUAACAUCGAUUCGGAGAAUGGGAAGGUGGAUGUGACGCAGCAGCCUGGGUUCAAGGAGAUAUUGGAGUUAGUCCGCGCUGGACAUCUUUAUAUCAAGCUUAGUGCGCCGUACCGGGUGAGUAAUCUGGCGCCGGGAUAUGAGGAUUUGAGACCGGUGGUGAGGGCUUUUGUGGAGGCGAAUCCGGAGCGGAUUCUUUGGGGAAGUGAUUGGCCCCAUACACCGCACAUGAAAGUGCGGACGCGCGAGGAGGCACUGCGCGAGACGGAGUAUCUGGUCGUUGAUGAUUUGGCAUGGCUGAAGAGUCUACGGUCGUGGUUGUCGGCUGAAGAGUGGCAUCUUAUGAUGGUCUCAAACCCGAAGACGCUGUACGGUUGGUGAAACACAAAGAUGGAGUGGUAAACGCUACCAAGCAUGUCCAAUGAUGCACUGUCUAUAAAUAAUAUAUUGAAGCCAAGGCUUUUCGCCUACCGAUAUAGUCUCGGACUAACGCCAUAAAGUACAUUCCGUGAAAGCAAACCAUAAUCCCUCGCUGAGACUCCAAUUCCAAAACAAUGCAAAGAGGGGUAUUUGUGAAGUUUUCUUAAAUCAUAAUGUCUGCCGAAUUGCU